AUGUGCUACGACCGCUACGUGUCCAUCUGCAAAUCCCUGCACUACAGGACCCUCCUGGGCAGCAGAGCUUGUGCCCACAUGGCAGCAGCUGCCUGGGCCAGUGGCUUUCUCACUGCUCUGCUGCACACGACCAAUACAUUUUCCCUGCCCCUGUGCACGGGCAAUGCCCUGGGCCAGUUCUUCUGUGAAAUCCCACACAUCCUCAACCGCUCCUGUUCAAAAUUCUACUUCAGGGGAGUUGGGGUGUCUGCUUUUGCUACCUCCUUAGUACUUGGUUGUUUUGUAUUCAUUGUUUUCUCCUAUGUGCAGAUCUUCAGGGCAGUGCUGAGGAUCCCCUCUGAGCAGGGACGGCACAAAGCCUUUUCCACCUGCCUCCCUCACCUGGCUGUGGUCUCCCUGUUUAUCAGCACUGCAGUAUUUGCCUACCUGAAGCCCUCCUCCAUCUCCUCCCCAUCCCUGGAUCUGUCCCUGUCAGUUCUGUACUCGGUGGUGCCUCCAGCCCUGAAUCCCCUCACCUAA